GUACCGUACAUCGUUCCCGUGUUAAGGAGGAAGACUAGUUGGCGAGAACGUGACGUCUAUCAAACUAUCUAACAUUUUUACGUUUCCCUGGACUUACUUGCUAAUUUACUAGUGAAUUUUUCAUCAUUUAGGAUAUGAUCAAUAUCGACACAUUCUUUUAGGAGUGCUUUAUUGGAGAAUCUGGUAUUUUUUAUUGGACAAAAGACGCUGAUAACGCGUUCAAUUUACAACUUCGGUCCCACUCGCAGACUUUGGCGUUGGUGGCUUGUGCUUCGACCGGAGCUGAGCUGAGAAGCGGGGCUUCAUUGACGUCUUGACUGGCAUUUCCAGUUCACAUGAACAUGACAUAAUCAUUUUCAUGAUAAUCGGUCUUCAUAGCUUAGACUGUCAUCAUCAACAUGGAAGAAGAAUACGAGAUUGGUAGUGGAGGAAGUACACCUGUGCAAGAUGAAAGAGAGGACGGUUAUGAGGAAGGAGAAUAUGAAUCACCUGAUGAGGAAGAAGGAGGUGAAGGAGAGGCUGGAGAAGUAGUUUCAGAUGUGGAAGAGGAGCAGGAGGAAAGACAAGUUAGCGAUGAAGAAUAUGACGAGAGGAAGGUUGUAAGAGACGGAGAAGGCUAUGAUGACGGCCAACACGAAGAGGGCACUCCACAGUAUCAAGAAGAGGGGUCCGAGGAAGGCGAGGAGGUCAAUGAACAGAGGUCAGAAGAUGGAUACGAGCAAGAUGAUAGAGAGCAUGAAGCAGUCGAGUACUCUGAUGGAGAAGAAGGGCAUCGUGUCGAAGAAAGGGAUGGUGCUGAAGAUGGACAAGAAGUAGAGGAAGGGGAAGAGUUAGAGGAGGGGGAGGAGAUUGAAGAAGGGGAAGAAGUUGAGGAAGGGGAACAAGUUGAGGAAGGGGAACAGCUAGAAGAAGGGGAACAUGAAGAGGAAGCUGGAGGUCAUGAAGGGUAUAGAGAUGAUCAAAGUGAUGGUGAGCUUCCAUACGAAGAUGAGGAGGAGGAGGACAAAGGUUUAGAGCAGGUUAGCGAUGUAGAGCAAGUCAGUGAUGGUGAUUUAGAAGCCAGUGAUGAUGAGAGGAGAGUCGAGUCAAGGCAAGAGGGAGCUGAGGAGGACGGUGGAUAUGUCCAGCAAAACACAAGCAAUGAAUAUGAACAGAUCCUUAGUGAUGAGGAACAACUCGAAGAUGACGAUGCGCAGCAAGGACAGGUUGAAAAGAAACAUGAUGACUUGUAUGAACAGAUGGAUGAUGAUGAGGAGGCUGAUUUUGAGGAUGCUCCAAUCCAGGACCAGAGACGGGUAGAAGAUGACAUUCCAGAAAUCGAGGCGCAAUUUAGCGCCGAUGAAGACGAAGAUGAAGGCGAAAGAGAACCUCUUUAUGAAGAUGUUGAUGAGGACGCGGAGGAUGAACUCCAAAGGCAACAGCAGCAUCAUGGUCGAGAGGUUGUCUCUCCGGAGCAAGAAGGGGAGGAAAUCUUGGAAGAGGCAGUUGAGGGCGAGUACGAUGAGGAUGGUGACCCUGAACCAGAAAUCAUCGAAGCUGGGGAUGAGGAACAUUUGGAGAUGGAAGAAGAGGAAUGGGAGGAGAUUGUCGAUGAUGACGAUGAGGAUGCCGAAGUGGUGGAGGAGUACAUCGAGUAUGCAGAGGAAGAGGAGCAAGGAGGGGAGGGGGAAGAAAGACAAGUGAUGGAAGAAAUCACGGAAGAAGCCGAGGAGGGAGAGCAAGAAGGAGAGAAGGAAGAAGAAGAGGCAAGGUUAUCUGGAGAAGAAGCAGAAGAAGAACAGGUGGAAGACGAGGCAGAUGCUGUUGCUGAUGCCGGUAAUGACUUCAUGGCAGAACUACAAGGUGAAGCAAGCGACGAUGAGGAUGAUGAUGAAGAUGAUGUGAUUGGGAGAACUAAGACCAAGAGGAGAACUGUAGCCCAGGAUAGUGGUGAUGAAAGUGAAGAAGAGAAAGAAGAAGCUGUAGGUGAAUUAAUUGCAGAUAUCUUCGGUUCCAGUGAUGAGGAAGAAGAAUUUGAGGGUUUUGGUGCAGCAGAGUUGCAAGGACCAGCAAAGAAAAAGAAGAGCACGACCGUCUUGUCAAGUGACGACGACGAUGACAAUGCUGAGAUGGAUGCCUCAGCGAUGGAGGAUGCGAUCCAGAAGAUUCGAGAUGAGCAGGAUGAUGAUGAGAUUGAAAAGAUUGAAGCACCUGCUGGUCCUCCUCCUGGAGACUCUGAUUCAGAUGAAGGUCUUGAUAGCGGCAGAGGUGGAGCUGACUUUGUAUCUGACUUUGACAUGAUGCUGCAGAAAAAGAAGGAAGAAAAUAAAAUUAGAAGAAGGAAACGAAACAAUGAUGACUUUAUCAACGAUAACGAUGACAUCAUUGUUGCUAUGAUCAAACAGAUGAAUGAAGUAGCUCAGGAGGAUCGUAGGUUAAAUAAUGCCAGAAAGGCUGCAACGAAGAAACUCAACAUGCUUCCAGCUGUCUUGUCACAGUUGAAAAAAUCAGACCUGCAGUUGUCUUUCUUAGAGUGUGGUGUACUGAAACCCAUGGCUGAAUGGUUGAAACCUCUUCCUGAUAAAAGUCUACCUCAUCUCAGCAUUAGGGAAUCAUUUAUCAAGAUCUUACAAGGGUUUCCACCAAUUGACCAGCACAUGCUAAAGACAAGCGAAAUCGGCAAGGCUGUCAUGUGUCUGUACAGGCAUCCAAAGGAACUCCGUUACAUCAGAGAAAGAGCUGGCAAGAUCAUAAACGAGUGGUCAAGACCAAUUUUUGGAGUGGAAUCCAACUUCAGAUCAAUCUCUAAAGAAGACAGACAGAAGAGAGAUCUACAACAGUUAGCUGCUAAGAGGAGAAGAAUGAGUACUGAAGAUACUCCUGAGAAGAAGAAUAUAGAAACAGCAUUGGAAGGAGGAGAAGAGGGACUCCGUCCGGGUAUGAAGGGAUGGGUAGGCAGAGCCAGGGUUCCUCUCCCGUCUACCAAAGACUACGUCGUCAGACCGAAGUGGAAUGUUGAGAGAGAAUUUUCUAAGGCUACCAAGAAAGUGACAAGGCUAGACAAACACUCUCGUAAAAUGCAGAAUAUGAAGUCGGCGGUGCGAAACAAGAAUCCACGAGCCGUCUCCAUCAGUAUCGAGGGGCGUGGCAUGUCUCUAUAGUUAGCAUGGUUAUUAAAGGACAAGACAUGUAAUGCAAUAGACAUGAUGGAGGCACAUUUGUCACUAUCAUAACAAUCGGCAAUGAUGAGCUAUGAAGAUCAGUGAAAAUGUGAUCGUCAAAAAACAGCCAUGACACGGCAAGGAAUGAUGAAAAGUUGCGGAGGAAAUCAAGCUCUCAUCUCAAGACAUGGACAGAGUCAUAUUUUCUUGAAGAUUAGAAUAUAAUGUUCAAUGAUAAUUCAUUAUGUCUUCACUGGCAAUGCUUGGCAUCACCAGUAAGUAUGGCAACUUAAGAUGAGAGCGUGGAGUAAGGAAGCUGAAAGCUAUAUCAGAGAUGUUGUUCAUCAGUAGCAGGCUUAUGCCAUGUCCAUCAUGCGACAAUUUAGCAAAAGCUUCACAAUCUAUUUUACAGCUCCUGAUGCUCUGUAUUGCGAUAGUCUAACCAUCAUAGGAAGCGAGGAUGAAGGCAGAGAUCCUAGCCUGUAAUUGCAGCCUGCCCAAGAGUUGUGCCUAUGUUUCUACAUGAACUGUGAAGCUAGGAACUGCACUAAGCAUAAGACUCUUUAAACAGGAUUUCAACUGUUUAAGGAUGAUAUGAAAUAGUGUAAGCAGCGAAUCACAUUAAUCAUCGCACUCUGAAAACACAAUUUGAACCUUUUUGAGGGACGUCAAGAAGUACUGUAUGCUAAUAUGCAAAUCUUUUCAUGCUUUUCUCCCUUUUCAGCACUUUCACUAUUUGGGCUUUGUUUAUGUUUUAUUUUCAUUUUCAUCAGUAGUCAUAAACAGGAGUGGAAGUGUUUUUUGCUGAUGAACCCCCAAACUUAAAAUGAAAACAAACAUUUUUUAUUAUGAAUUCUAAGUUAAAAAGGAAUGAAGGACAAUUAUUUCUUACUCGACCCUGUAAGUAUCAUGUAUCACAGUGCAUAGUCUGGGAUAGCUAACCACAAUCUUCCUCAAAAAAAGAGGAGUGGAUAUGUCAUCUUAUACACAAAUCUAGACAGACUCAAUUUCCAUUUACUUUUUGCAAACUCUAACUUUUGAUGUUGUGUGUAAUUUGAAAGGAAAUGAUAGAAUGAACUGGAACAUUGUAAAUUGCCAGUUAAAGGCUGUGGGGGCUCAGACCUACAAAAAAUUUGAUUAUUUCAAGAAACUACCCACAAAUCAUUCUUUAGACUUGGCCCCAAAACCCAAUACGUGAAUGUUACUCUUAUUUUGCCAUCCACUGGUAACUCCAAUGGAAUCCUUGAUUUUGGUUGACUGUUGAGUAUAGCUACCAUGGUAGAUAUCAUCAGAUGGCAAAGUUAUUAUAACAGUAGAUUUUAUCCAACUGGGCCUAGAUUAUGCAUAACAUGUGUCAAUUAUUUGUUAUAAGUCAAACAGAUAUUUUUAUAGACUGGAGAGAUUGGACCAUGGCAAAGCUUACGAUUGUUCGAUAUUUGACCAUAACUUUGCACAUUGCACAGUCUUCCUUUCUGUUGCAGCCAUCAGGUCUUUUUGGCUACAUUGCUCAUUGAGAUUACAUAGUAUAAGAUGUUAAGAAAGAAUGACCAGCAUUAUCUAAAUGAUGCAUCUUAAAGACUUGCCCUGCCUUACAACUAUGUGUGUAUAUUUUCUCCAAUGAAGUGCAACAAAUAAGGUCAUAUUUCUGUAAUCAGGAAAGAAAGUUAAGCAGAUGGAAAUAUGCACUGUGUUUAAAUCUUUAUUUAAAAGAAUCCUCAAAGUAAACCAAUUAUGUAGAACAAAUUGCUGGUAAUAUUACUCUCAGAUUGUAUUCCAUGCUAUGUGUUCCUUUUAAGGCCAGUCUAGCAUUAUUGUGAUUAACACCAAGUGUACCUCCUUUGAGAAAGUUUGAGGAUGCUUGUAUUUAAAAACUUCUCUUUUCCUUUUCAAUAUCAACAGUGAUGCAUAUGAUAUUUGUUUAUAUUUUUCUUGUUCACUAUCAAAAGUCAUACACAUGUCAUUUGUGGAAUGAAGUUUAGUAUUGAACUCUUUGCUUAUGAAGAUGUCAGAUAGAAGGUUGGACUGAAAUAUAACCAAAUCAAUGGAAUGAGACAAUGAUUCAUAAUUUCAUUCAAAUUCUAAAUUAUUAUGAUCCAAAGAGAGUUAUUUCAUCAGUUUUAUAAUUGUUGAAAACAAAAAUUCUGACUGUUCUAGGAUCACAUUUAAUGAAUGAUGAUAGAUUUCAAGUUUUAAAACAGGACACUUUUCUUUAAUUGCAGUAUACUUUGAGUGCAUAAGUUAUAGUACCACGGGUUGUAUCAGUAUUUAUAAAAUAACCAACAUUAAACUUUCCCAACUUUAUGAAAUAACCAACAUUAAACUUUCCCAACACUCAUGAAGUUUGGCAGAGACCAUGGUUUGGGCAAGCAAAAGGCGUUUAUGUAUGAUGAGCAAAGAACUAUUUUUUUUGGGGGGGGGGUGGGGUUACUUUUCACAACACACUUCAGAAAUUUGCAACAUUAUUUAGCUUUAACAUUGCAUUGAGUGGAGAUUUUCCAGGGUGCUUUGGAGCAUUUCGGGAACAUAAGUGCCUUGAACCCCCAAGUGUUUUUUCCACCCUGAUAUUUUGAAAUCUGCAUUGCCUUUGUAACAGCAAACUAUAGCAUAAACCAGGAAGGAAAAGUUGAUCAAGCCACUUCCUUGUGUUUUGACUGUGCACAUGAAAUAUUGCACAAAUUGAUUGGCCUUGCAAGAUACACCGUGAAUAAAAACUCCAUUUAAGUAGACAGAUUACCAGGGCAGUGUUUCAUAUAGAUUCACAACCAAAUUAUGAUUUUAUGUGUUAAUUAGCAUCAUUAAUUGAAAAUACAUUUGACUAUUGUGGUGCAAGUAACCAUCCACUUCUGGAGAUUAUGCCAUGGAUGCCAUGCACGCCAAGCAAUCGAUAAUUGUCCCAAAACUAUUCAAAUUUAUUUGUUUUAAUUGAUUACAUGUACAUGCAUGCUAUUUAAUGCAUAAAAUCACAAUACAGGGGUAUGUGCUACCUUAUCCUAGAUAUACAACUAAUUUUAUGUGUGAUUUCUGUUGCAUCCCAAAAAGAAGGAUUUGGUUUAAUACCUGCCAUUCAUUAAGUCUCAGCAAAUGGUCUCUUUAUACUGUCCAGCUUAUUUUAUUGAAUAUUUGAUGACGUAUAUGUAUGAAUAUAGUUCAGUAUACCUAACAAGUUCUGCUGGUAUUUCUUGAAAAAAAAGGAGUUGUUUUGUUAAUUUGAUUUUGUAUCCUUUGACACCCUGAAAUAUUGAAAAUAAAAAAUAGGUAUCAUCUAGUCUGCAGGCACAGAACCUGAUUGAAACUUUGAUUAACCAGUCCAGUGGGUCUCCACGCAAAGACUAGCACAUUCAAAACUUGUUUCAAUUGAGCAACAGGGCCUUCAGUACACAAGGCAUUAAUAGGCUGCACAUUUAGAUCCUUAACUCGAGUGAAGGGUUUGCACAUUAGACUAGGUAUUGUCUGAAAUUCAGAUGGUGGUACUCUGAAAGCUUUGUUGAAUUUGAUUUGGUCAUUCCACUUGAAGAAGGAAAUAAUCAUGCUAAAUUAAAGCUAAAUUCAACUUUUAUUUAUGUUGUGAAUUGUUGGAUUCCUGUGAAGGCGAUGGAUACACCGUAAAUGUGAUUAUUUGUACAGUUCCUUUGAUCCUAAUAUUUCUGAAUAAAUCAAAUAAUUGUUCAUA